UGGCUUUUCGAACGAGCCAAGACGCCAUUUUCCAUCGACAGCUGAAAAGGACAUCACGUUCGAACAACGCCCCGGUCAAAUCACACUCCUAAUUAACACCGAUAAAGUAGGGUCUUGGAUCGUAAUAUCCAGUCAUGCACCGCGAAUGCCCCCUUGACUGCAAGGUCUAUGUUGGAAAUCUGGGGAACAAUGGCAACAAGACAGAGUUAGAAAGGUCAUUUAGUUACUAUGGGCCUCUCCGCAGUGUGUGGGUGGCCAGGAACCCCCCAGGCUUUGCCUUUGUAGAAUUUGAAGACCCCAGAGAUGCUACUGAUGCAGUGCGAGAGCUUGAUGGGAGAACAUUGUGUGGUUGCCGUGUGCGAGUGGAGCUGUCCAAUGGGGAGAAACGCAGUCGCACCCGCGGCGCCCCGCCAUCGUGGAGCAGGCGCCCCCGAGACCGGGAUGAUUACAGGCGGCGUAGUCCACCAGCAAGGCGAAGAUCUCCACGCAGGCGGAGCUUUAGUCGCAGUCGCAGCAGGUCUUUCUCUAGAGACAGGAGGAGGGAGCGUUCCCUCUCUCGGGACAGGAACCACAAGACUUCAAGGUCCUUCUCUCGGUCAAGGAGUCGUUCCAGGUCAAAUGACAGAAAGUAGAAGAACAGGAUGAGAGAGGAUGAAGACGGUUCUACUUUGUUUUCAAAUGAUGAACUUUGUUUUUUUUUUUUUUUUUUUUAUCCGUCACGAUUUUUAGUCUCACUGAUUUUGUUAGUCAUUUUACAUACAUUGGGUGUGCACAGGUGUGAGGUCUCAUAAAAGCCCUGCGAGUGCACCACCCAGCAUUCCACCAAUUAUCACUCAAUAACUACUUAUUUUUCCCUUGUUUUUAUAAAUGGAUAUGUGUAGUUUGACCCAUAGUGAGAGUUUAUUUUCAUUGUGUAUAUUGGAUUAAGAAGGAAGAAAUGUGAUGCAUUAUAAGUGACUUCCACUGUGUGAUUUGGAAGGUAAACUGAUGUUCAUGCUACUUCCUUAUAAAAUGGCGAAGGUUUCCGUCCAUCUGUGCGUGUGUGAUUUACAA